AUUUAAAAAAAAAAAAAAAUGUCCAAAAUCCAAUCAAUAAAACAAAUUCCCUCUCUCAUGAAUUAUUAAAAGGCAACCAACUUUCUCUCCAACAAUAUAUUUUACUAUCACACAUGUUCUACUCUUAUAAGCCAAAUUCUAAAUAAAAAGAAAAAAGAAUUUAAUUGGUGAAAAUAAAUCUUAAAGGUACUAAGAUGACAAGUUCAUUACCAAGCUACUACUUCUCUUCUUGCCAUUGCAAAGGUAGCAACAAUCAAGAUUCUAGGUCAUGUCAUAAUUCCCUCCCCACAAUCAAACGCGCAAAAUAUGUCGAUCAAACUCGUAAUAUCUUCAAGUUUGGUGCUGCAAACGGGAUUUUUACAUCAAUUCCAUCGAAAAGUUAUCAUGUUGUUUCGGUGCCGGGAAAAUUUCGUGUUAGGGCUUCGUCUUCUCCGAAUAGUUCUCCCUCUUCAUGGCAAAAGUGGGUGUUGGGAUUUCUGCUGACAGUAAUUCUACCAGCAGCUGGGUACAAAGGAGGGAUCUUUUUGAACCUUAAAAGCAAGAUUGACAAGACUAUAGAGACGGUGGAGCACGUGGCGGAGAUGGUGGAGGAGGUGGCGGAGGAAGCUGAGAAGAUAGUGGAGGAGGUGGAGGAGAAACUGCCGGAAGAUUCGAAGAUCAAGAAAAAACUUCAAUCAUUUGAUGCUCUAGCUAAAAGGGCUGUUGAUGAAGCCAAAAAGGCUGAAGAUGCUGUUCAUAAGGUAAAGGAUGUGGAGGAAGAAAUAGAGGAGACGCUGAUAAAAACUGGUAAAGUCGACGCCAAAAAAUAGUCUAACCAAACAAGCCCUACGGAUUGCAUCAUCCUUAAUAAAAUUAGUAGUAUGUGUUAACGUUAAAAUAAAUAAUAUUUUCGACGUUGAUUGUAAGAGAUCAUUUUUUUUCAUUCGUCGCUCGUAAUUAUUAGUGAUGAAAAUGUAGCUACAACAUAAAUAAAAUUGUGACAGUUGGUAAUGA